UGAGCAAAGAGAAAGGAGAAGGAGGGUGUGAGAUGAGAUGGGUUGCAGGAUAGUUCAGCGGUUUAAUCCACACAUUCACGAGACUGAAACAAAAGGAUGCUGCGAAAACGUCUUGGGGAAAUUCCGCGUUGCAAAUUAUGAACAUAAAUCCAUGUUUACUACCCCCUUUUAGUAGAGGGGAAUGAAUGGCCUGUGUUGCAGGUUUUUGUUCAAGGGGAGGAAACCCAACUGGCUAUCUAACGUACAUCCAGGCGGAGCCCCCCACCAACAAGUCUCUGUCCAGCCUGGUGGUCCAGCUACUGCAGUUUCAGGAGGAGGUGUUCGGACGACAUGUCAGCAACCCACCUCUCACCAGGCUGCCGAUGAAGAGUUUCCUGGACUUUAAGUCUGGUGGGGCUCUCUGCCACAUUCUGGCAGCAGCCUACAAGUUCAAGAGUGAUCAGGGCUGGCGCAGGUUUGACUUUCAGAAUCCUUCUCGGAUGGACCGCAAUGUGGAGAUGUUCAUGACUAUCGAGAAAUCCCUGGUACAGAAUAACUGUCUGAGUCGACCAGUGAUCUACCUGAGCUCUGACAUUGAGGCCAAGCUGCUGGGGAAACUGAAGGACAUAAUCAAGAGGCACCAGCAGGGCUCAGUGACUGAAGACAAGACAUGCAGCUCCCAUGUGGUGGUUCCCAUCCCUGCCAGUCUUGAGGAUGAGGAGUGGGUGCGUCCGGUGAUGAAGAGAGACAAGCAGGUGCUGCUCCACUGGGGAUACUCUCCUGACAGCUAUGACACCUGGAUCUCAGCCAGUGAGGUGGAGGCAGCUGUGGAAGAUCCGCCCAGCCCAGAGAAACCCAGGAAGGUCCAUGCCAAGUGGAUCCUGGACCUGGACCAGUUUAAUGAGUGGAUGAAUGAGGAGGACUAUGAGGUCGGAGAGGGGGGCCCCAAGAGGAAGAGGAUCUCAGCCAAGACCCUGACAGACGAGGUGACCACCCCAGGGGACGAGCGCCGGGACAAGAAGCCCGGCAGCGCCAAGAAGAGGAAGCGCUCCCCCUCCCCCUCGCCCACUCCAACAUCCCAGGAGAUCAAGAAGAAGAACACCAAGAAAGGGCCCACCACCCCGUACACUAAGUCUAAGCGAGGCCAGAGAGAGGAGGAGCCAGAGGAUCUGACUAAAGAUCUGGAUGAACCAUCACCUGUACCUGCUGUAGAGGAGGUCACCCUACCUAAGACAGCCAACACUAAGAAAGACUCUGAGUUGACACCAGUGAAAGGAGGUACCAUGACAGACCUGGAUGAGCAAGAGGAUGAAUCCAUGGAAACUGCAGAAAAGGAGGAGGAGGAGGGCUCUCCGAGUGUGAAAGGAGAGCCAGUGAAAGGGUCGGACCUCCAUGAGGACAACGUGACUGAGCAGACCCACCACAUCAUAAUUCCCAGCUACGCUGCAUGGUUUGACUACAACAGUGUCCAUGCUAUUGAGCGCAGAGCCCUCCCAGAGUUUUUCAAUGGCAAGAACAAAUCCAAAACCCCUGAGAUUUACCUGGCCUACAGGAACUUCAUGAUUGACACGUACAGGCUGAACCCGCAGGAGUACCUCACCUCCACCGCCUGUCGUAGGAACCUGGCCGGAGACGUGUGUGCCAUCAUGAGGGUGCAUGCAUUCCUGGAGCAGUGGGGUCUGAUCAACUACCAGGUGGACUCAGAGAGCCGGCCCACCCCCAUGGGCCCCCCGCCCACCUCCCACUUCCACGUCCUGGCUGACACCCCUUCCAGCCUGGUGCCCCUGCAGCCCAAGGCAUCUCAGACUCCGGCAGCCCAGCAGAUUCUGUCAUUCCCAGAUAAGGUGAAGGAAAAGCAGCCAGUCGACCUGCAGAACUUUGGCCUGAGGACAGACAUGUACAGCAAGAAGACUGGGCCUCCUAAGAGUAAGACUGCUGCCAAUGCCAUGCGAGACUGGACCGAACAGGAGACACUACUGCUGCUAGAGGGUCUGGAGAUGUACAAGGAUGACUGGAACAAGGUGUCAGAGCACGUGGGCUCACGUACCCAGGACGAGUGUAUCCUGCACUUCCUGCGUCUGCCCAUUGAGGACCCAUACCUGGAGGACAUGUCCUCGUCCCUGGGCCCCCUGGCCUACCAGCCCGUCCCCUUCAGCCAGGCAGGCAACCCCGUCAUGAGCACCGUGGCCUUCCUGGCCUCCGUGGUGGACCCCCGCGUGGCCUCCGCAGCCGCCAAGUCUGCCCUGGAGGAGUUUUCCCGUAUGAAGGAGGAGGUCCCAGCAGCACUGGUGGAGGCCCAUGUGAGGAGGGUGGAGGAGGCGGCGAGGGCCAGUGGCAGACAGGACCCCCUCUACGGCCUGGAGGGCAGCGGCAUCGCAGGCACCAGCCUGGAGGAAGGAGACAAACCUGAAGAGAGCAGUGAGGAGAGUAAGAGUGACAGCCAAUCCAGUGAGGAGAAGAGGGAGACCAAGGAGAAUAAAGAUGGAGCCAUGGAAGAGGAUGAGAAGCAAGGAGAAAACGGGAAGAAGGAGGAGGAGAGAGGGAGAGAGGGAGAAGGAGAGAGAGACCGAGAGUCUGAGAAGACAGAGACAGAGAUGGGUGAGAGAGAGAAGGAGAAGGAAGGGAAGGAGGCUUUGGAGGAGGGCCAGAGAGAAGGAGAGAGCGAGGGCGAAAGGAAGGCGAAGGUGGAACGGGAUGUGGGAGAGGGGAACCUGGCUACCGCUGCUGCCUCUGCUCUGGCUGCUGCUGCCGUCAAAGCCAAGCACCUGGCUGCGGUGGAGGAGAGAAAGAUCAAGUCUCUGGUGGCUCUGCUGGUGGAGACUCAGAUGAAGAAGCUGGAGAUCAAACUGAGACACUUUGAAGAGCUGGAGACUAUCAUGGACCGAGAGAGGGAGGCUUUGGAGUACCAGAGGCAGCAGCUGCUGGCAGACCGUCAGUCGUUCCACAUGGAGCAGUUGAAGUAUGCAGAGAUGAGGGCGCGUCAGCAGCACUUCCAACAGAUCCAGCACCAGCAGCAUAACCAGACUGGAGGCCCACACCCCUCCCCGGCUCCCACGGGCCCCCCACCCCAGGGCCCCUCAGCCACCCAGUCCCAGCCGGCCCCCAGUAUCCCUGCACCACAACCAGCUCCCAGCCCAGCACCCUCUGCCUCCUCCGUCCCCAUGACUGGCCCUUCCUCUGCCCAGGCCCAGCCCACUGAGCCCCAGCCGACCCCCAGUGGUCCUCACUCCUCACCUCCCCGCCCGCCAGGCCAUUCCAGCACCAACACCACCCCAACACUCCACGAGUCCAGCGCCCCUGGGGAUACACUCCACUCCUCAACUGCUGCUCCCACUCCACAGUGAAAAGAGAGAGAGGUCGGGAGAGAGAGGAGGGAAGAAGUGAGAGAGGUAGGGAGAGAGAGGAGGGAAAGAGAGGAGGGAAAGAGAGAGGGAAGAAGAGAGGGAGACAGGAAAAAGGUCUUGGCAAACUGAAUGACAUUGACCACUUUGUACCUAUGAAUUCUGCCUGUAUCAUCUGAAAAGUCAAACUGAAGGAGAUACAACAAACUUUGAUCAUUUUUAACAUUUGGACUGGACGAUUGACAUGCGAAAGAAAAACAAAACAAAAACAUUCCCUACCGGAAUGAAUAUUAGGUGGAAACAACCCCCUUAAAAUUACUCCCAACUAAAAAGAAAAUGCAAAUGAAGAGUUUUCAAACGAACAGUCUUCUUUUAACAGACAUAAGUUGCUUAAUUACUUUCACCCUUCACAUCGGACCCAAGGUUAAACCAAGAGAGUAUUGUCAUGUAAAUACGCCACCUGACCUGAGGAUAUGAAGAGAACUAAAGGACUCUUGUCUUAGCAGUCCUCUGAAUAGUGGUGCUUUUGUUUUCUUCUAUAGUGUACUGAGGGUCAGAUGUUCCCAGCCAUGUUCACAGACAUACCUACCUACCUAUUCUCCCAAGGUACCCUAGUAGGUACUUAGAAUUGAAAGAAGAUUUUUUUUUUUUUUUUUUUUUUUAAGAUAAAAGAUUUGCACUUUGAAAAUAUGUUUCUCCGGCGGCCAUAUCUGAAGAGAAAUCAUUAUCAACUAAGGGCUCUAUUCAAUCAGAUCCGCUUUAGACAACAUCCGCAAAGCUGUUGUUGUGGCUGUGUCAGAGGUGGAACUGCGUUAGAGCUGUCAAAUAACACAAGCGGCUCCUGGCAUUAUACCUAAAGCGUACAUUGCCAUUGGCUGCAUGAAGUAGCAUUAAGGGCUUUAUUCAAUCCGCACCGCAGAAGUCCAGGUUUACACCAUGAUUGAAAUUUAAAGGCAGUGUUCCCGCAUUAGCAGAGACUGUGUUCAUGGUAAACACUGCAUAUGUCGGCUCAAUCGGAAAAUACCAUUACAUUUCUAUCCUGGAAUCUGUAACACUUCAGCUUUACAGAUUGAAUAGAGCCCUACAAGAAUACCAUGCAGCGUUGUUUACCAGUUAGAAUUCUGGAAUGUGUGAUGUAAUCUACAACUCGAUUAGGCUGAUAGAAAUCCUCAUUAUUUAGUUGAAUGAUUUUCAAUUUGAGCGUCAUUAUUUCUAUAUAGCCCACAUUUUCUCGUUCUGAACUUGUAAUGUGAGACGGGUAUGACUACCUGACAACGAUCAAGAGUAGCUGCUCACCGAUUUGACAGUUCCACCUCCAACACCGCCAAAACAUCAGCUAUGUGGGUGUCGGCUAUCGCCGCUUAACGCUUGAUCUGAUUUAAUCUAGGCCUAAAUUGACCUGAAGCACAUAACUGUUUUCUUGUUUUUAACUUUUACUAGGAAGUCAUAGUUUCGAAAUAUGAGAUCAUCAAGCUUGUUGUCCUAUGUUAGUGAAUGUGGCGUUAUAGAGCUUCGGGGUUGGUCUGUUGGUUAGAUGUAACCUAAACUAAAAAGUAUGUGUGAGGGCAAUGAAAACGAAUGGUAUUACUCUUUGUAAUAAUAUGUAUUCCACUUGAAAACGGUCUCAUCUGGCCCUACUGCCAUUUCAGUUAGUAAGACUAUGUACUGUUAACUGGAUUUUCUGUUUACAAUGCUGACAAAUGAUUCACUGCAAUUUGAAGGGACAAAAUCCCUAUAUGACUGAGCAUUAGAAACCACUUAAAGUAUUGAUGAAGGGCAACAUACUCCCAGAGUUACAGUGCCCCCGAGGACCCACAAGGACCAGGUCACAAUGUUCUAAAAGUCCUCAUUUUAAAGGGACAGUGCAGUCACAAUCUUUAUUUUCCCUGUGUUUUAUGUUUUCACACUGAGGUUGGAAUAAUGCUGUAAAAUUGUGAAAAUUAUGAUAAUGCCCUUUAGUGUAAGAGCUGUUUGAAAAUGUAAUCUUGUUUUGCAAGGGUGGGGUUUUGGACUACAUGGCAACAUCACCAGGCGGUUUAAGUUAAUAGGCCAAUAACAAAGAGAGUUUGCCCUCUGCCAACAAUAGCUAGUUUCAGGUUACAUGUCCCUCCCAUUAGGCUCCUUUAAUUAGUCCCCUCACUCAUUUACAUUUAAGUCAUUUAGCAGACGCUCUUAUCCAGAGCGACUUACAAAUUGGUGCAUUCACCUUAUGACAUCCAGUGGAACAGUCACUUUACAAUAGUGCAUCUAAAUCUUAAAGGGGGGUGGGAAGGAUUACUUAUCCUAUCCUAGGUAUUCCUUAAAGAGGUGGGGUUUCAGGUGUCUCCGGAAGGUGGUAGACCACUUCGACAGUCCUAGCAAAAUUCUUGCUUGAGAAAUUGCUUUUAGCUAAGAAGCUAGUUUUGUUUGUUUUCUAAAAUAAUCAGGUACUUAAUUGUUAUCCAGAAAUGAUUUGAUAUUGAGAUAAAAACAUCUUCAUUGGCCCUUCAACUCUAUUUUGUUGUUGAACAUUCAUAUCUGAAACACUUCUGAAACAGUUGGGCUUUCAUAGAGCAGAUCGUAAUCAUAAGACAAGCAGUAACUACACAGAUAUGAUUUGUAUUCAUGUAUGCGUCAUAUUUGGAUUCUGUCAGUAUGUCCAGUAUGGCUCGUCAGUAUCAGUCAAUCAUACCAUUGUAAAGAUUAUACUCUAAAGUAAUGACUGGAUGUAGGCUCCAGAAGAACCCUAUUUGCAACUUCAGACUUAAGACAUCACCGUCACAACUCUUCCUUCAUUGAUAAACCAACAUCCUUUUUAAUCAUGUUUGCCAUUUUCUCCAUAUAAGUCAGUGGGGUGUAGCCAGAGUUUUGGUUGUUUGGGAAAUCCAGAUUUGUAUAGUUUGUGUUUUUCCAAUGACAGGUCCAACUCACCUGAAGUGAUUACUAUGUAAUGGAAGUGGCUUUAAUGUUACAAAAUAACUGUGCAAGUCAAGGGAUCUCAAAAGUCAGUUCAGUUUAUAGAGAAUUCUGUCCAUUAAUAUUUGUAACAAUAUCUUUAUGUAUCCUAUUUUUAUAUUUUUUGACUGUCAGGUUUUCCAUCUUGUUUCUUUGAUAUUACUGUUUGCAUCUAAUUGCUGUAUUUUUGUAACCUCUCUCACUGUCAUGUGCGUGGUCCUAAUAGGUCACAAUGACCUGUCAGUCAGUGUGACUGUGAGCAUGGGUGUGAAUGCAUGCCAUGACGAUCUCUUUCCCCUAAGAGUUCCAUCGCCCCUCCCCCCAGUGUUUGAUAAGGGCUGAGGGAUUGUGAUGCUCAUAGUUUGGUAUGUCUGUAUGAGAACACGCACCAGCACAUCACACACAUUCUGACAGUGUCAUAUAUAUACUCUGAUGAAACUUGUCCAGAUAGCCAGUGUUAGAAACUUCACUAGUCGUGACGAUGGAUGGACUGCUUUGGUCUCCAUUGUUACAUUGUGUGGAUUUCGUGAUAUGAAAUACAUGUCUGUCCAGUUUGUUUUUCAUGAUUGCAUUGAUUACACAGUAGAAAUUAACCUUUCCUCAGUUAAACCGUUACCGAAUUAGUGUCAGUUGCUCUGCAGUUCGUAUUUAAAAAAAAUGGUUUUACUUACAAAAAGUUUUUAAAAACCAUGUAAUAAAUGUGACGUGUACAGUUUG